AUGAGUUCUUUGGAAGAGAAUGAUGAAGGGAGCGUGAAUAACAACAACAACAACCAAACAGCAACAACAGCUUCCUCAGCAAGCCAACAUGUUUUUUCUACACCCUCGAUUCAAUUUGAAACAAAUUUGUUUGGAAAUAUUCAGAUCCCUUCCGACAUUGCCUCCAUACGGCGGACCUGUUGUUCCUUUAAUGAAGCAAUUUUAGGUUUCGGAAGUGAACAUGGAAAUAUUUAUCUUCAUGAUCGGUUUAGUCUUGAAUUGAAACUAACCAUUUCCUAUGGUGAAAUUUCACAAAAACGACUGAAUACACCUGUAUCAAUUACAAAAUUAGCACUCACUCCAUGUCUCAUUCCUACCAUGGGCGGAGACCAAACAAAACGAAAAUUAUUUAUUGGAGUGGUUGAUUCAACUUUGAUGGUUUAUAUAUUGGAAGUGGAAUUACAUGCUCAACAAAUUCCAAAUACUGGCAUGAAUGUUUUUAUUCCCAAAGUUGCACGUCCUCUGAAUGCUCACAAUCAACACAAAUCGGAAAUUACAUCCAUUGUUUGGUCCAAUGACUUUGGUAGAAUUUUCACAGGAGACUCAUCUGGUCUCGUGUUGGAGUUUAAAAAUCAAAAAAAAUCUCUUCUCUCGAUCGGAAAUACUUCACAAGUGUUAAAAGAAGAAGGAGCAUCCAUUGUUCAAAUGGCUUGUUUUGGAGACCAUUUACUGGUCUCGUCAACGAAACGAUCCAUCGAUGUCAAUCUCGCUGCACAACAAUAUAAGGGAAUUGGUACAAAACCAAGAGAUGGCCAAUUUGGAGCUUGUUUUCAGUAUGCUCCAAAAAAGAAGGACGAAAACUCUGGAUCACCAAGCACCACACAAGAACAAUUUAUUCAAUACGCAUACUCAGCGAGACCUGGUCGUCGUAUUUGGUGCUCCGACAUUACAACAUGCAAAGUUUUGUCAACUCUCAAAUUUACCUCUGUUUCGCAGCUCAAAGAUUUGAAAUUUACCUAUUUGCUUCCAAUUGGUCCAUUCUUGGCCUCUUAUAAUGAAGAAUCAGUUGCAAUAUUGGACAUUGUGAAACUUAAAAUUUUGGAUGUCCGUCACAAUAUUGGUUUCAUCAAAUCGGCAUUCAGUUUUGGGUUUACUCUCUUUCUCGUUCAUCAAGUGAAUAAUGAUAUUCCAAUUGUAAGUCGAUUGGACAUUGAGCUACCGGAAAAUGAGAAGGCCUUCUUCAUUGAUCAAACAAGGCCUCGUUCAAAAGUAGCAUUAGCGACGAAUAGUGUCAUCACUGGACCAAAUUCAUCAAAUCCUCAAUCACCUCAAAAGAAAGAAGGAGUGUCUUCUUUGUCCUCUUCCACGCCUCCAAUACCUUUAUUGGGUGGACUUUUGAAAAAAGGAGAACCUGUUGCAAUUUCAGCAUCGCCAUCUGUGAAUAUUAUGCCAAAUCUUUCCCAACCACAAGCCAUCCCAUCCAAAACCUCAAUAACCACAACCUCUCAAUUAUCAUCUUCACCUGCUACGCCUUCUUCGUUUCUUAGUAGCAGAUCUCCACAUUCUUCCUUACUCUCAGAUACAUCCUCAACAGCAAGCACAUCAUCUCCUAAGGAGGGUAAGCUUUUAGAUUUUGAUGACGUUAAAACUACCAAUGCAGCUACAAAUCAAACAUCCACUAAGUCCUCUACGUUUAGUUUUUCUCUCCCCGGAACUUCAAACCUAAAAGACAAAUUUGCAGAUCUCACAAGUGAAAUGAUGAAAAAUGCAGCCAAAAUAUUGCCUAGACAAGAUUCCAAUAAGGACAUCAACCUUUCACAACAGCAAACAACCAAAACAUCCUCACCAAGCAUUUCUAAUGACGAAAACAAGGAUUCGAGUUCUGUAACUAGUACUCCAAAAUUAAUUUCAAUCACCACUCCACCAAUAGCUACAGCCAAUGCUACUACUAUCAACAUUUCACAAACAAGCCAUCAGGCUGAAAGAGAUUGGCUCGCACCAAUAUUGGUUCAGCCAAAAAAAGUUAAAAAGAAGAAAAAGAAGCCAGAGAGACUCAUCAGUUUUGAUGAAUCUUCUGAAGCUAGCUCAACUGUGCUCGUGGAAAGUGCUCCCAAGAAGAGAACAUCCAAAAAAAGAUCAAAAUCCAAAGACUUUGACCAACUCUCACAAGUGUCGGAUGAGCUUUCUUCAAUCGACAAAUCUGGCUCAUUUGGAAGCGAUGACGACGAAGAGGGAGAAGGCACUGAGGAUACCAUGACAUCAAGCUUUGUAGAACCAUCACCACUUGCAGAGAUUCAGGGAGAAAAACCUCUUUGCUCAGAAUCUUCAGAAACUGUCUCAAAAAGUUUUGAUCGCAACACGGACAGUAAGGAAACAUCAAGUGAAGUUAUCAAUGAUGAAACUGCUAAUAUGCAAUUAAUUUCUGAGGAGAAAGAUUCAAAAGUUGCAGUCGAGGAGACGGUGCACAGUCCUGAAAAUAGGUCUCAAACCUCUCAUACUCCAAUGGAGACACAUGCAGCCAGUGUGUCUGUACAAGCAGAAAAUGAACAUGUUCAGCAAAUAGAUGUAGAUUCUCCUACCGAAAAGUCAACUGAAGAAACUUCACAUGUAGACAUGACGAAAGAGACAUCAUCAAACGAAGAAACACCUACUUGUGUGGUUGACCAAGUACAACAGAAUGAACAACCUGGAAUUGUUGAAGAAGACACCAAGCAAAUGGAUGCAGAUGCAAAGCUUGGAGAAGACCACUCCGCUCACAACUCAAAAGUAAAUAUUGUCCAUAUUUCAGAUCAAUUGCAAACAACACAGGAGACUGAAUUAACAAAGAAAGAGGAAGAAGAAGUAGAAUUAAAACGGCAAUUGGAAAUACAAAGAAAGCAAGAAAUUGAACAACAAUUGGAAUUAGAGAGAGAAAAUCAAAGAAAGUUAGAAAUCGAAAAGCAACGUCAAAUUGAAAUUCAAAAACAACAAGAAUUGCAACCUCUAAAAUAUGAAAGAAUUCAAAAGGAGCAAGAACAAAAAAGAAAACAAGAAGAGGAAGAAGCAAAACGAAAGGAGCAAGAAAGGAUUGCUAAUGAGUUGAAACAAAAACGAGCACUUGCUAUUGAAGAAAAAAGAAUAUAUUUCUUCGAGAACAUUGUGAAACCCACAGAUAAUUUGUUCGAACAGCUUUCCAACUUUCUCUCUAAUGGAGAUGGCCUAUGGUGCCCUGAAUUUCUAACAAAAUUAGCUUUGUGGUUUGAUGAUUUUGUCAAAUUCAUUGAAAAGGAAAAGCAUGAAAAACAUGAUUAUUGCAUUAUUUCUGAGCUUGUCACAAAGGAACUUGACGUGAACCAACAACUUCAACUUUCCAAGUUAAUCAAUUUUAGAUUUGAACAUCUUUUUAAUUCUAAGAACUCCCUCAAUGUGGAUUAUAUUAGCCAUCUCCUCUCAGCACUCCAUGAAUUUUUAGACAUGCCUCAAUGUUGCAUUCUUUGUAAUAACCACAAGCUUUUAGAUUGUGUGAACACGAUUCUCAAAAUAGAGGAAGAACAUGGAUAUCUUUUAGAAGAACGAAACAAAAUUACUCGCUUAUUAGAGCAACUAAAAACCAAGAAUACUUCAGAAGUUCGUGAUGAAAUUUUUUCAGAAAUUGAAUCAUUUAAGAAUGAUUUACCUUCCAUACCUUUGAGAUUUUGUUCCCAUUUAACAAAGAUUCAUCCGAGUGGAAUUGAUUUUUGUGCAUCCAUGUUUCCAUCGAUUCAGGUCUGGAAUGUACAACAAGCCAUGGGACUAGCCCCAACAACAACAACAACUACCUCUAACAGUGACCAUUCAUCCUCACCACAUCAUCAAAGUCAUACAAAUCCCGAAGUUGUCACCAAAUACCUCAACUAUUUAACACUUAUUUAUCAAUUGAAUCACGCAAGUCACAUUAACCAAGAAUUUAUGGAAUACUUUAUAUCAGAAUUGGUUUCACAUUAUGAAAAGGAACAAUUUGAACCAAUCGUGAGAGUUGUGAUUGAAGAAACUCUCAACCAUCAAAAUUGUUUUUCAGAUUGUACAUUUAUUGAAUGCACACUUAGGAAAAAUAUGCAACGAUGUAAAUCAUGCCUCUUCUACCUGUAUGAAAAAUUGAACAAGAUUGAAGAUCUUAUUACCAUAUUAGUGAUCGACCCAUCCCACAACAUGGAGGAACUAAUCUCUUUAAUGGAAAAUAGAGCAGAAAAUACUCAAAAUUGGAUUGGCUUAUUGAAAAGUAUUGACAGUGUCAGUAAUGGCCAGCCCAUUUGUACAAAAGAACAAGCCAUCUUUUUAAUGUGCAAAUGCUUGGGAUCUAUUCACACGCUCAACAUUCUUCAAGAUUUACUCAUAGAAUCGCCGUCAUGUAUGCAAAACGUGGACCCUAUUGUCUAUUCGAAAAUAUGUGAGUUGGCUAAAGCUGAAACUGAACAAAGCAAAUUGAGACAUAACAUGAUUGAGAUUAUUGAUAGUUACAUGUGGUCAGAGAAAGAAGAAUGCAUUUCUCCACAGGUACGAUCGCUGUUUGCCUUCCAAACGGAUGCCCCAAGCUCACUUUUUAGCCCCCUUGCCCCAUCUGAAGAAUCAUUUCCUUUUGUGUCGUCUUUCUUCAAGUUGACACCCAAUCAGACCAAUGCUUUUCAUUCCAUACUUCCAAGAUUUGCAGAGGAUUGUGGCUAUCAUUGGGGAGCUCAAAUUAAGGUUGGCAAAACAUCAAGAUGCUUCUCAUGUCGACUGCCCCUAAGUGAACGAGUUGGAAGUGAUAUUUCAGUAUUCCCAUGUGGCCAUUGUUGUCACAGAUCGUGCAACUCUUUGGAGGUUUGUUCCAUAUGUAAACAAAGCUCUAAACUAGUUGAGAGUAAGAAAUAA